GCCGGCAUCCUCCGAUGCUCGCCGCCGCCGCUGCCGGCUAGCGCCGGCGGUGGUCCAGCUCUAUACGGAGCCCGAGCUCUGCCUUUAUACAAACACCCUCCCCCCACCAUGAGACCCUGCGCCCUUCUCGGAUGCCCUUCCGACCGCGCCUCCCGCCGCUCCGCCUCCUCCUGCCUCAUCUCCGGCGCCGCCGCUCUCCCUGUUCGCCCCUCCCUGCGCGGAGAACGCUUUCGUUUUAUCCCUCGGCGGCGGCGGCGGCGGCGGGGGAAAUGACGGAGUCCGAGGAGGACGCGGUUGGUAGGGAUACCCGCGCCCCUCCCUUCGUUGGCGGGAUAGCACGGGGGGCGCCUAGGAUCGGCUGCAAAGGAGGGGCGGUUGGGGAGGAGGAGGAGGAAGGGCUCGAGAGGGAGGCCUCCGUUGUCGCGCGUAUCGAGCUCUGCCAUGCGCUGGUGCGGGAGAGGAGGUGGCGGGAGAUGCGGGCAUGCCUGACGCAGCUGGUGAGCGAGCAAGGGUCCGGGUCUGCGCCAACUCUCUGUGACAUCUUGUGGCAUAGAUUCAGAGAGUGGGAUCCCAACAGUUGUGUAUGGGAUGCUUUAGCAAAUAGCUAUGCUAGAGCUCAGAUGGUUCAUGAUGCCCUCUACGUUCUUAGUAAAAUGAGCAGCCUGAACAUGAAAAUCUCGGUAUUUACCUAUGAUAGUUUAUUGCACGGCUUGAGGAAGACAGACAUGGCACUGGAGCUUUUUGAAGAAAUGGAGUCGCGCGGUGUCUCUCCCAGUGAAUAUUCUCAUAGUAUUGUCAUUGAUGGCCUCUGUAAGCAGGAUAAGGUUGGAGAAGCUUUAUCUUUCCUUCAGGAAGCAAGGAAGGAGGGAAGGUUUAAACCUGUUGGAAUGGCCUUUAACAUCCUUAUGUCUGCAUUGUGCAAUUGGGGGUUUGUUCAGUCUGCAAAAUCAUUUUUAUGUCUGAUGCUGAAAUAUGGAUUAAUCCCUGACAGAUAUACCUUUUCUACUCUUAUACACGGUCUAUGUAAAGUAGGUUCCAUGGAGGAAGCAUUGGAUCUUUUUGAGAGAGUGACAAAAGAAGGAAUGGGACUUGAUACUGUGACAUACAAUAGCCUUAUUAAUGGAUACCGAUUGCUUGGUUUAACAAGAGAAAUUACUAAAAUUAUUCAGAUUAUGCGAAGCCAAGGCAUUGAGCCUGAUCUUGUCACUUAUACUAUACUUAUUGCUGGUCACUGUGAACAUGGUGAUGUUGAAGAAGGAAUGAAGAUAAGAAAGGAUGUUUUAGACCAAGGUUUGCAGUUGAAUAUUGUCACAUAUAGUGUCCUUCUCAAUGCUCUCUUCAAAAAAGGCUUGUUCUAUGAAAUUGACAACCUACUUGCUGAGAUAUACAAUAUUGGUUUGGAUAUGGAUGUUGUCGCAUAUUCCAUCCUCAUCCAUGGGUAUUGCAAGCUAGGGGAGAUUGAAAGAGCUCUUCAAGUAUGCAAUGUGAUGUGCAGGUCUCACAGGGUAGUGCCAACAUCACUGAACCAUUUGUCUAUUCUUCUAGGGCUUUGCAAGAAAGGAUUGUUAGUUGAAGCAAGGUGGUAUUUGGAAAACGUAGCUAUAAAAUAUCAACCAACUGAUGUAGUGUUUUAUAAUGCCGUCAUUGAUGGGUAUGCAAAAAUUGGUGAUAUUAUUAAUGCCGUUCAUUUGUAUGAUCAGAUCACUGUAGCUGGUAUGCACCCAACCAUUGUCACGUGCAAUUCUCUUCUAUAUGGGUAUUGUAAAAGUGGGGAUCUGGAACUUGCAGAGAGCUAUUUUAGGGCUAUUCAGCUAAGUGGACUUCUACCAACAGCAGUGACAUACACCACCUUGAUGGAUGCACUCUCUGAAGCUGGAGAAGUUAAUGCAAUGCUAAGUCUUUUUGAUGAAAUGGCCGCGAAGAGGAUCAAGGCAAAUGCAGUAACUUACAGUGUUGUUAUUAAAGGACUUUGUAAGCAGCUCAGAUUCGAUGAGGCUAUCAGUGUUCUCAGUGAUAUGAAUAACGAAGGUUAUGCUGACCCAAUAACUUACAAUACCCUCAUACAAGGUUUCUGUGAAGCACAAAACAUUCAGAUGGCUUUCCGCAUAUAUGACAUUAUGUUAUGCCGUGGCCUUGUCCCAACACCUGUUACUUACAACUUGCUUAUUAAUGUGCUGUGCUUGAAGGGAAAAGUUAAUCAAGCAGAAAUGCUUUUGGAGUCCCUCAGAGAAAAGGGCAUUAAGUUGAGAAAAUUUGCCUACACAACACUUAUCAAAGCUCAAUGUGCAAAAGGAAUGCCUAUCAAUGCUGUUUUGUUAAUCGGUAAGCUUCUAGAUGGAGGGUUUGAAGUUUCUAUCAAAGAUUUCAGUGCAGCAAUCAGUCGACUUUGCAAAAGACAAUUUACCAAAGACGCCUUCUUGUUUGUCGCAAUUAUGUUAUCUGUUGGUGUUUACCCAGAUGCUCAAAUAUAUUAUGUGCUACACAGAGCUCUGCAGAAAAGUAACAAGCUUGUCUAUCUACCCAUAUUACAUGCACUUGCUGUCAAAACUGGUAUUUAAUACCUUGAGCAUGUUUUAAAGGUGCUAUGUCCUUGUGUCUGGACAAUCGACAAUUGAGGACAAUAUUGGCUCAGGGAACCACAUGAUCAAUAUGUUGUGCCAAACAUGCCCAGACUGAGGACAUGUCAUGUGGUGAUAUUUUUAGCUCAAUCAGCAGUGGUGAGUAUAUCUUAGAUCCAUCAAUGAGGCAGAUAGGCAGAUGGCAUUAAGGUGAGCCAUCACCAUCGGCCAUCCGUCGGUGGAUGGAGCAACUGAGCAAUCAAGAAAGUAACAGGAAUGUUCUAGCUGUAGAGAGGCCAUGGAACCAAUUAAGUGUCAUUCGGUGCUGACCAGAGGUCAUGGAAUGUGAAAUUCCGACGUAUCAGCAGAGAUGCCACCACGGUUGAACUUCAGCUAUGUAACGACAAAUUUUCGGUCAUUGAAUGGUCGCUGUAUAGGCAUCACUGAAAACCAAGUUGAUCAGAGGGGAUCCAUGAAGCAUGAAAACCUCCUACUUGUCGGAUGGAAGAGGACAAGGAUGAGGCUAGCCAUCCCAGUCUCCCACUGAAGGGCAUCAUGUCAGGUGGCCCCCAGGAUCUCUAGUCUAAGCCCCAGAGAUCUCUUCUACCAAGCUAGCAUCUCCUGAGAUCUCUGUUUAGCAUCUGUUGCGUGACCGAAAGCCACAACUUCAGGGCUUGGUAGAAUGGUAGAUGGCUACCCUUGCCUUGCUCUGUUCGUUUUUUUGUCCUUCAUGUGCUUUAGUCAUUGUCCAUCCUGGGAUUCCAGCGUUUCCCUCUUUAUGUAAUUUGUCUAACGUGCAUUUCACAGUUACGCGUUUGUAAUCAAAUCAUGAUUAUUAGUCAGAAACAAUAGCACUUUGCAUUAAGAUGUACAGUAUUCAUGAUGCAGCCAACUGCAUGUACAUGUCUAGUGGAUAGACAACAGCUCAGGUUUGCCAUCAAAUCCUGAAGAGAGUUGACACUCGUCAUUACUUGAGAACAUUGUAAACCUAGCCACCACUUUUGUGAAUCUUUAGCCGAGUGAAUUGAUGUCACUUGCAGUCUUCACCCUAACAUUUUUUUAACAGGAAAGAGCCAGGAUUUGAAAUCUAGAUGGGAGUAUUCUCUAUGCAAACUAUAAAGCGUGUGCAUUCAUCGCAUGGUGCCAAAAUGUCGAGCUGAUGCCCAACACGCUCAAGGACGACGUGCUAGAGGACAAUCGGAUAAAGCCUCUCCACUGUUGAUGAUCUUGAGCAAGAGGGACAGCGACACUUAACCAUGGACCAGAUGUCGUGAGUUCGAAUCAUGGAUGACCCCUCAAGUUUGAAUUUUGGGUGGCACACAAUUAAGUAAAAAAAAUUGUAGCCCACUCCUUGAUCGAGGCUUGAGGGGUUUUGCGUGAGGGAGGAUGUUGAAGUGAAUUGAUCGAUGCUGUACUAGCAGACAUCUGGGUGGAUGGCAUUUCUGCCUGUUACCUUCCGAACACGCAUCAGCAGCAGCAGCAGGAGGUAAAAAAAGGGGAAAACCGGAUUGCCCGUUUCAGAAGGCAAGGGUGGAGCAGAAUCAUGAGCCAGGACACCCACCAGGUGCUGCACUGCACAGGCACACAAAAACUUCGGCUUCAUCACUCUGCUGCUGCUGCUGUUUUGCCUUUCACCACCAAUGGAGACCUGGACGGCACCGAAGCGGCAGCCUGUCGUUGUUGGCGAAAGCCGGGGCAGGAGGAUGGAUGCCAGACGGAGAAAGGUGAGAGGUACUACUACCUGAUUAGCACGUACGCACAGGAUGUCAGUGGCGUCUAUCUGUUUCUGUACGUGUGUAUGGACACUAUCGGUAGGAUGUUUUAUCGAGCGUUUCUUGAAUUUCAAGACUUUUAACGUGGUCUCCGAAAGUGUAUUAGUGCUACCAGUAACAUGUGGGUUCAAUAGCAUAAUUACGAUUCCGUUUUGGCAGAGGUUAAUAUCGUUUGUC